UACAACACAACUUUUAUCCACUACCAGACAGAACAAUAAUGUUGAUUACAACAGUCAUAAUGCUCAGUAUCUGGGCUACAGCGGCAGAUGAUUUAUUAUCACCAAAUAUAAACAUAACUGAACAAUUGGGAAAGAUUCAAAUUAUGGAAACAAGGAUGGAAUCCAUGGAGAAGGAAAUUGAGCGACUGAAAGCAGAAAAGGCAGAGUGUCGGUGCCAAAAAGACACAGGAGUUUAUAAACAUGACAUUAUGACCUCACAGGGAAGAGUAAAUGCGGCUGAAGACAAUGUUGAAGAGCUAAACAGCACGGAGAAAGAGAGGGUGAAAAUCGCCUUUUCAGCCUCACUAUUAUCUUCACAUAACAUCAGAUAUAUUGGCCCUUAUGCAGAAGAUACCAUGAUUGUAUAUGGAAAAAUAUUUACCAACAUUGGAAAUGCAUAUAACACCACAACAGGAAUAUUCACUGCACCAGUGAAAGGAGUUUAUUUCUUCAACCUUGUGCUCUUCACUCAUGAUGCCUUAUCAGCUGGUGUGAAACUGCUAAAAAAUGAUGAUCAUGUGGUUGGAGUGACAGAUAACCCUCCUACAGGAGACAAAGAGGACACUGCAAGUAACUCUGUGAGUCUUCUUUUGGAAGAAGGAGACCAGAUAAGUGUAAAACUCAUGGAGCACCGUCGUAUCUACACAGAUGGGUUUAAGCGUAACACCUUUAGUGGACACCUUCUUUUUACCAUGUAAUGUUGUAAAGCAAUGAUCUCAAACUCAAUUCCUGGAGGGCCGCAGCUCUGCAUAGCUUAGCUCCAACCGCCUCCAACUCACACCUACAUAACUGUUUAUAUUCUUGAACACCUUUAUUAGUUGGAACAGCUGUCAUUAGGGUUGGAGCAGAACUGUGCAGAGCUGCGGCCCUCCAGGAAUCAAGUUUGAAACCUAUGUUGUAAAGGGAUAGUUCACCAAAAAAUGAAAAUGCACAUUUACUCACCUUUAAUUAGUUCCAAACCUUUAUAAAUUACCUUAUUCUGUUGAAGACAAAAGAAAAGAUUUUGAAGAACUGGAAAUGGUAACCAUUGACAUCAAAAGUAUUUAUUUUUCCUAUAGAAAAUGUCAAUGGUUACAGAUUUUUAGCUUUCUUAAAAAUAUAUUCUUCUGUGUUCAACAGAAUAAAAAAGCACUAAGAAGAACUAUCCUUUAAGAUGAUGAUGGUGAUGAUGAAAAGCCUUUAUUUGUCGCAUACACUUUUACAUGUAGUGAAACUGAACCCCCCCCCUCCAGCGGCAGACACAACCAUCACACAUUUCAGGGGAAGACAGGUCAGACGACAGGUAGCUGUUAGAAAGAUAAAACAAGAUACAUCAGGGAAGAAGGAGACGAAAAAGACCCUCUCAAACUGUCUAUCAGUGAUUGUCUAUCUGUAGCUGUGUACAUGUGUUUGUAAGCCUGUAGUCUCAACAGGUGUCCUUGGAACAGUGAGCAGAAAUUCAGAGUGUCUUGUUAUCUUGUCUGCAGGGGAAGUUGUUUGUCUCUAGCCAAGCCCGUCUGGCAGGAGAGUCACAGGGUAGCCGAAAGAGAAAAGGUUUUCAAAUUUGGGUCAAUAUCUGCCAAUUUUAGAGCUAUCUAAUGUCUGUCACUGGUCUCCAGGUCUAUCCAAAUCUCAUUGCUAGUAUCUCCCUGAUGUUUUGCAAUUUGCACUCCAUAACCACAGUCAGAGUGCUAACAACCCUGCUCAUUACCGUUUCAAUCCAGCCAGCCAGCUUAGUUUGGUUUUGAACCGCACUGACCGCUUUUAUCAAUCGUCAAUACCCCAGGUGUCAAUUGCAUACAGAGACCAGUUGAUCAAAUCCAUAAUUCCUUAUUGUUCAGAGAGCAGGACAAGGAGUGCCUCAGAGAUAGAAUAAGACGAGAAAAGAGGAGCUAGCCAGAAGAGGUAUGAUAAAUAAAAGUAGCAAAAUCAAAUAUUUCUGAGACUGACAUUUCAAAAAUCAGCUUGAAAAGACAAAAAACAUCAAUAAUGCAAAUAUGAGACAACAAGUAACAAAAACAAUUUAAGUGUAGCACUUUUCCAUAUAUGCAGUACUGUCUGUUGAUUUUUGUUCAUUAUUUUUUUUUAAACGUGAGUGUCAAACAUAAUUAUUUGAUGAUUAGACUAUAUAUUGUUUAAUGCAUUGUAUAUUUGAAUAUAAAUUUAUACCUGUAAAGAACAUGAAAAAACAUUUAAAUCCAAGAAAAAAUGAACCUCUUUAGUAAAACCAGAUAACCUGUUUAAGAGAAGCCCAAAAUCUAAAUUUACACACUUUUUACUCACCCUCAAACCUUCAUGAGUUUCUUUCUUCUGCUGAACACAAAAAAAAAUCUAAAAGAAUGCUGAAAACUUAUAAACCAUUGACAUCCAUUAGAAAAAACAACUAUUAUGAAAGUCAAUAGUCAAUAUUAUUCAAUAUUAUCAUAUAUUGUGUUUAACUGAAGGAGGUAACACAUACAGUAAGGGUUGGAAACAAGUAAAGGGUGAGUAAAUGUUUCAACAGUUUUCCUUAUUUAGUGAACUAUCCCUUUAAGUUGUCUAAUAUUUGAGAAAACAAUAAAGGCAUUUCCUAUUCAUUUGGGAAAAUAAAAUACAGCUUUACAUCACUUUUUUUACAGUAUUUUGUCACUGUAAU